UGCACAGGUUUUGUUCAGCCGCUCAUUACCUCAGUCCACUGGUCGUAUCCGUGAGGAACACCCGCUUUCGUUCUCCAUACCUAUAACCCACUAACAGCACCCCACACCAUGUCUCUCCAGGAGCAAUUCGACAAGGCCGCCGGUGACGUCAAGAAGCUGAAGGCUCUGCCCAGUGACACCGACCUCCUGGAGCUGUACGCCCUCUUCAAGCAGGCGACAGUUGGAGACGCCGACCCUGCCAACAAACCCGGCCUCCUUGACCUAAAGGGCAAGGCCAAGUUCGAAGCGUGGACCAAGAAGAAGGGCACCUCCAAGGAGGACGCGCAGAAGGCCUACGUCGCCAAGGUCGAGAGCCUCAUCGCCUCCAUCGGCCUCCAAUAAAAAAAUAAAACAGUUUGGGCGAGCGGAACCAUUGUCAGCAUGGGCAUUGCGUAAUAUGAUCGUAUUAUUGAUAAAUCAGAACAUUCUAGGAUGAAAAUCCUUCCAUCGAAUCUCUAAUGAUCGAAAAACUGCAUUUUGUCAAUAAAAGGUCAUCAUUAUGAAUUUUUACACAUGCCCAUCGGUUUGAGCAAAGUUGACGUUAUGCGAGACUGAACAUAACUAAAUUAAUAACUUAUUACCAUUUAUAAGCAUUUAAAGCGUCAAACAGCUUCUUCCUUUGAACUUCCAGCCGCACGUCUCAUGAGUCAAUUAUUUAUAAUUUCGGUUUAGGCACAAUUAGUAUAAGCAAAGAGAAUUGAUUGUAGUAGAGAGGUGAAGACUAAGAAAAAAACGUGCCCCUUAUAGUUUGACAUCCAAAACAGAUGGCGCUGUACUGCGCCAUAUUGUAUGUUUUGCGGUCACUGAAUUGUCAAAAUUUACCUGUCAAAUUCGAAGCACGACAUUGUCUUAGAUUUUACGCAUCUUACUCAAUCAAUAUCUUUGGUAUAAGAUGUUGUACAUCACAAUAUUGUAAGCAUCACAUAUUGUUAUUGUGUUUAUAUUGUGGGAUGCGCUCGUUUUGAGUUGGUAUUGUUUUGUUAUACUUUUUUAUAUUGCCUGUGAAAUAAAAUCAGUUGGGAACUGUUA